UCAUGUAGCCUCGCCGCUCAAGCAUCGCUAACUCAGUUAUAGCUGUCUAACAAAGCAAAUUAGCUUUCGCUGAGCUUUGUGUUGCUUUUGGUCUCCUAGAUAGGUUUGUGAAGCAUGAAGCUCACGGUAGCAAUUGUCUGUGCCAUGGCGACCGCGCUUCUCGCCGCCGCCCCGUCGUCGGCGGAGGCCGGCGACGGCGAGCUGAAGGUGGGCUACUACGACAACAAAUGCAGCGGCGUCGAGGACAUCGUCAGGUCGCACGUCAUCAAGGCUAUCAUACAGGACCGCGGCAUAGGCGGCUCCCUCAUCCGUCUCAUCUUCCAUGAUUGUUUUGUCAGGGGUUGCGAUGGUUCCGUCCUCCUUAACGCGUCCGACGAGAACCCUCGUCCUGAGACGGCAGCGCCGGUGAGCAUCGGGCUGGAAGGAUUCGACAUCCUGGAGGAGAUCAAGGCCGAUCUCGAGAGGAGGUGCCCCGGCGUGGUCUCCUGCGCCGACAUCCUCAUCUUCGCCGCCCGCGACGCCAGCAGCAUCCUCAGCAACGGCCGCGUCCGCUUCGACGUCCCCGCGGGCCGCCUCGACGGCGUCGUCUCCUCCGCCUACGAGGCCCAGGCGGAGCUCCCGGAUCCCACCUUCACCAUCCGGCAGCUCAUCGACAACUUCGCCCGCAAGAACUUCACCGUCGAGGAGCUCGUCGUCCUCUCCGGCGCGCACUCCGUCGGCGACGGCCACUGCUCCUCCUUCACCGCCCGCCUCGCCGCGCCGCCCGACCAGAUCACCCCGUCCUACCGCAACCUGCUCAACUACAGGUGCUCCCGCGGCGGCGGCGCCGACCCUGCGGUGGUGAACAACGCCCGCGACGAGGACCUCGCCACCGUGGCGAGGUUCAUGCCGGCGUUCGUCGGCAAGCUGCGGCCGGUCAGCGCCCUGGACAACACCUACUACCGCAACAACCUCGACAAGGUGGUCAACUUCAACUCGGACUGGCAGCUGCUGACGCAGGACGAGGCGCGCGGCCACGUCCGCGAGUACGCCGACAACGCCGCCCUCUGGGACCACGACUUCGCCGCCUCGCUGCUCAAGCUCAGCAAGCUGCCCAUGCCGGUGGGGAGCAAGGGGGAGAUCAGGAACAAGUGCGGCGCCAUCAACCACAGCAAGAGCUAAUUCGGCCACUUAUGCAGGGGGUUACGUACAUGCAUGCAGACGAUGUGGUCGUAGCCAUAUGUUUUCUUGUUAUAUCUCAUCGUUCUAAAAUACAGAAAACCUUGUACUCGAAAAAAAAAGACUACUCCAGUAUAAUAUAAAGUAUUUGUAUUUGUGGUUACCCAUAUAUUUACCUGUUAUGAAUUGUUACUA